AUGGGUCCAGUGAACAAUGUUCAUGAAGUUCAACAGAAAUGGCAUUUUCUUUGUGAUUUAACAGCAGAAAAAUUACAAUGGUCACCAUUAACUGAACGUUCAAGUUCAGCAGCUAUUCAUUCAAGACGAUCUGUUACUGGAGCUGCCACUGGGCAUGAAGCGUUACAAAUACAUCAUAAAUUACCAUCUGAUAAUCAUAGUGAUCUUGCACUGACAUAUAAUAGUUUGGGUUCACUCUAUGCUAUUAUGAUGGCAAGUGAAUUAGCUUUCAAAUAUUUUCUAAAAUCAUGUGCUAUACAUCUUGCAUCUGGUAAUCCUGAUGAAUUUGAUCUUUGGAUUACUAGAACAACUAUUAGACAGUUACAAGCUAGCAGUUACAGCGUUUCAUCGACCUCAUCAUAG